AUGGAGUUUGCAACCCAGGGAAUACUCUCCACCAUUGGAUAUAAUGUUUUGACCUGGACGCAAAUGGUUCUCUACAAUUUAGCCGCAUAUGUGAUCCAACGAUCCAAUCCAUCUAAAUGCACCACACAUUUGGUUGUUUCAGUGAGGCUUGCAUCUUCAUCUCGAUGGCAGUCACGUCAAUCCAGGGAUAUUUAUAGGAAACAGGCAAUUAUUGAAGGUCUCAAAAGUCGUGCUGCGUUCAAGCUGCUACAGAUUAACAAUCGACAUGGCAUAUUUAAACCCGGGCAAACUGUUGUGGACUUGGGUUAUGCUCCAGGCUCAUGGUCCCAAGUUGCAGUUGACUUAACUCGGCCGAGUGGCCGAGUGCUUGGGGUCGACAUCAUUCCCGCUCAACCUCCUCAAGGCGUUUCAACCAUUCAAGGCAACUUUCUUUCUACUCAAGUCCAGACUUAUGUGCGGGAGUUUCUUCGAAAUCCCAACAGGGGUAGACCUCGGAAACAUACAUUUGAAAUAUCAUCGAACCAUGUGGGAACAGUAGAAAAUGAGGUCGGGUAUAUCGAUAGAGAGAGGGAUGCAAGUGGAUCUGCGAGUGAAAGAAGUGUUUCAAAUUCCACACCUCACGUUUUACAAGGAAAUGAAGCUGUUGAUGUGGUCCUAAGUGAUAUGUCUGCUCCCUGGCAGCAAAUUACUGGAUUUUCAAAAAGAAGUCUUAGUGACCCUUAUCAUAGGAUGAUGAAUACCAGCGGCAUCAUUAUUCGAGAUCAUGCCAGAAGCAUGGAUUUGUGUAGAGCUGCUCUAGAUUUCAGUUUUGAGGUUUUGAAACCAGGUGGACAUUUCAUUUGCAAAUUUUAUCAAGGCAAUCAAGAUCAGGAACUUGAGAGUAAACUAAAAUCUCUCUUUCACAGAGUGCAGCGAGAAAAACCAGAAUCUUCACGAAAGGAAUCAAAAGAAGGGUAUUUCAUUGGACUAGAGAGAAAAUAA